UCUGAGCCAUCCAGGUGCCCCAGAUCCAGGCCUUUCUGAAGGAGUUUCCUCAGACAGAACCCUCCCUGCACAAUGCCCUUUGCAGCCUCCCUGGCUGAGCUCCAAGCCGAGGCCAGCUGCCCCAUCUGCCUGGAUUACCUGAGAGACCCAGUGACCACUGACUGUGGGCACAACUUCUGUAGCUCCUGCAUCCACCAGCGCUGGGAAGACCUACAGGACAUCCUCCCCUGUCCCGUCUGCUUCCACCACUGUCCUGACAGGAACUUCAAGAGGAACGUGCAGUUAGGUCAUGUGACCGAUUUGGUCCAGCAGCUUCCCGCCAGGAGGAGCAAGAGGAGACUGCAGGAAGGGAAAGCCCUGUGUGAGCAGCACGGUCAGCCUCUGACCCUGUUCUGUGAGAAGGACCUGGAGCUGCUGUGUCCCCGGUGCAAGGUCUCCUCCGGCCACCGGGGCCACCCCCUGACACCCAUCGAGGGAGCUGCGGCUGACCACAGGAAGAAGCUCAAAAGCUACAUGGAGCCCUUGAAGAAGCAGCUUGAAGACACUGAAAAGGGGUUAGAAAUGCAAGUCUCAAAUUUAUUUGAGUUGAGACAGAGGGUGGAAAAUCGAAAACAUAAACUGCAUGCUGAUUUUGAACAAUUUAAGCAUUUCUUGGGAAAGGAGCAGGGUGCAGUCCAUAUUCGGUUACUAAUUGAAGAGAAUCGUGUUGAAGAAAAAAUAAUUGAAAGCAAAAACCAAAUGUCAGACCACCACUCCACACUAAGGAGUCUGCUUAGUGAAAUAACAGACAAGUGUUUGCAGACAGACCUAGAUUUACUGACGGGUAUUGAAAGUAUCCACAACACCUAUGAACGCCUACAACCCCCAGUGGCCUUUUCAUAUAAAUUAAAGAAGGAGGUAUGCAGUCUCCCCCCACAGUAUUUUGGCCUGCAGAAAAUGAUCAGCGCAUUUCAGGUAGAUUUGACCCUAGAUCCCGAAACUGCUCACCACACUCUUCUUAUCUCACAAGACAGGAAAACUGCAACAUUUCAAAUGAUGAAACCAAGUCAUGCUAGCAAUCCCCGAACAUUUACUUCUUACCCAGCUGUCCUGAGUUGUGAGGGAUUUGAUGGGGGCAGGCGUUUUUGGCAGGUAGAAGUAAGAGGCACAGGGGAAUGGUCCUUAGGUAUGUGUAAGGAAGCUUUCCCCAGAAAUGGUCUUCUUUCCCCAACCCCAAACAACGGCUGCUGGCAAAUUCAGUUCUGGACUAGUACAUUUGGCACAGAGGAUUCAGGAAACCUACGACAGAUUGGCAUUUUUCUGGACUAUGAGUUAGGAGAAGUUUCAUUUUACAAUAUGAGUAAUAGAUCACAUUUAUAUACAUUCAGUGAAGUUUUUACAGAAAAACUUAUGCCUUAUUUCUCUAUUAGACCUUCUUCAGAAUCACUCUCAAUAAGUAUAGUCAAAGAUGAAUCCUGA